ACGGGACGUUCCUUCAACAACAACAGCUAGUCAGACACCUCACUACCUUUAUAGACAAAAAUCGUUGUAUAGUUGCAUCUGUGUUUUAAAAAUACGUAUGUCUAAUAGCUAGCUAGUUUCCCCAUUUCAUUUCAUAUAUACGUUGUUAGUUAGCUGGCUUGAUAAAUUAGCCUAUUACUAGGCUAACGAACGCCACCUAGCUAGCUAACAUCUCCGACCAUGAGCUCACUAAGCUACUCUCCUCCUGCUAAAGAAGAGGAGGCCUGCUGGACGGAGAAAGAAACUCUCGUUAAAGAGGAGGAGGAAGAGGAGGCUGUUACAAUACAACAACAAGUAGAGGGUGAGGCUGUUUCAGUGAAAGAAGAAGAGAAAGACGUUUCAGUGAAAGAAGAGGAAGACGCGUUCAGAGUGAAAGAGGAGGAGGAAGUUACAGUUAAAGAAGAGGAGGAAGAGACUGAGGAUGAUGCAGUUUUUAGAGUGAAAGAGGAGGAGGGGGAGAUGACUGUCACAUUGAAAGAGGAGGAGGAGACAGGAGAUCUGAUUAAGACCAGAGAGAGACCAGACUCUCCCUCUGACAGCAGGAAGAGUCCUUCAGGGGAACCAGACCCAGAGACGCCCAAACCAGCCAAACGACAUCACUGCUCCUACUGCGGAAAGAGUUUUACUAAGUUACGAAAACUAAAAGAGCAUGAGAGGACACAUACAGGAGAAAAGCCUUUCCAAUGUUCCCAGUGUGGAAACAGUUUUAGUCAGUUAGGGAGCCUGAAAAUACAUAAGAGAAUACACUCUGGAGAGAAGCCUUAUCACUGCUCCCACUGUGGAAUGACUUUUAUCUGCUCAGGGAGCCAGAAGUUACAUGAGAGAGUACACACAGGAGAAAAGCCCUACGACUGUUCCCACUGUGUAAAGAGUUUUAGGUUGUUUGAAGGCCUGAAAAGGCAUGAGAGGACGCACACAGGAGAAAAGCCCUACCAAUGCUCCCACUGUGGAAAGAGUUUUACUCAGUUAGGGAACCUGAAAUCACAUCAGAGGGUACAUACACAGGAGGAGAAGACAUACCACUGCUCUCAUUGUGGAAAGACAUUUUCCCAGUCAGAGGACCUGAAAUCACAUGAGAGAAUAGAGAGGCUGUGUUCUGACUUAUGUUUUUGACUGAGAAUGUGUGUUUUUGUUCUUGCCAAAUGAAAUCAUAUUGUUUAUAUGAAAUCAUAAAAAAACAUAGGUUUACUUUUGUGGAUGUUUUUUCAUCUGGAGACAUGAUCAUGUCUAAAAUCAGAAUCAAAUCAAUGUUUACCUUACUGUGAAAUGCUUACUUACAGGCCCUAACCAACAGUGCGAUUUUAAGUAAAAAAUAGGUUAGUCAGGCUGAUUGAGGUAGUAUGUACAUGUAGAUAUGGUUAAAGUGACUAUGCAUAUAUGAUGAACAGAGAGUAGCAGUAGCGUAAAAGAGGGGUUGGUGGGUGGCGGGACACAAUGCAGAUAGUCCGGGUAGCCAAUGUGCGGGGGCACCGGUUAGUCGG